AUGGAGGAGAAACCGACCAAGAAAGACGGUGGGGAAAAUCAGAAAGUAUCGUUUUUCAAGCUUUUCUCGUUCGCCGACAAGACCGACGUCGCCUUAAUGGCCGUCGGGAGUAUCGGCGCGGUGGCUAACGGUGUCACUCAGCCGCUCAUGACUCUAAUCUUUGGCCAGCUCAUCAAUGCUUUUGGCACCACAGAUCCAGAUCAUAUGGUUAAAGAAGUGUGGAAGGUUGCUGCUGUACAGUUUCUUUACCUUGCAGUAUACGCCUGUGUCGUCGCCUUCCUCCAGGUCUCAUGCUGGAUGGUAACCGGAGAACGUCAAUCCGCCACAAUCCGUGGUCUAUACCUGAAGACGAUAUUAAGACAAGACAUUGGCUUCUUCGAUACGGAGACAAACACCGGAGAAGUCAUCGGAAGAAUGUCCGGAGACACAAUUCUGAUUCAAGAUGCCAUGGGAGAAAAGGUUGGGAAAUUUCUACAACUAGCAGCAACGUUCUUGGGAGGAUUCGCGAUUGCGUUUUAUAAAGGACCACUAUUGGCGUCUGUGCUUCUCGGUUGCAUACCUUUGAUCGUAAUUGCUGGUGGAGCAAUGUCUCUGAUCAUGUCUAAAAUGGCUGGUCGUGGUCAAGUCGCUUACGCAGAAGCCGGAAACGUAGUGGAACAAACCAUUGGAGCCAUUAGAACAGUAGUAGCGUUUACGGGAGAGAAACAAGCGAUAGAAAAAUACGAGAGCAAGCUUGAGAUCGCUUACAAGACUGUGGUUCAACAAGGCUUGAUCUCUGGUCUAGGUCUCGGUACAAUGCUACUUGUGAUUUUCUGUAGCUACGGUUUAGCGGUUUGGUAUGGCGCAAAGCUGAUUAUGGAGAAAGGUUACAAUGGCGGACAAGUCAUCAACGUGAUUUUCGCGGUCCUAACCGGAGGAAUGUCGUUAGGGCAAACAUCGCCAUGUUUGAAUGCUUUCGCUGCUGGUCAAGCUGCAGCUUACAAAAUGUUUGAAACGAUCAAGAGGAGUCCAAAUAUUGACUCUUACGACACGAGCGGUUAUGUUCUUGAGGAGAUAAAAGGAGACAUUGAGCUGAAAGAUGUCUACUUUAGGUAUCCGGCUAGGCCUGACGUUCAAAUCUUCGCCGGAUUCUCGCUCUUUGUGCCAAACGGCACGACGAUGGCUCUGGUGGGUCAGAGCGGAAGCGGGAAAUCGACGGUUAUCAGUCUAAUCGAGAGGUUCUAUGAUCCAGAAUCAGGAGAAGUGUUGAUAGAUAACAUAAAUCUAAAGAAGCUUCAGCUUAGAUGGAUUAGAAGCAAGAUCGGUUUGGUCAGCCAAGAACCGGUUCUGUUUGCGACCACGAUCAAGGAGAACAUUGCUUACGGUAAAGAAGACGCGACUGAACAGGAGAUUCGAACCGCGGUUGAGCUCGCAAACGCUGCCAAAUUCAUUGACAAACUCCCACAGGGCUUGGACACGAUGGUGGGAGAGCACGGGACGCAAAUGUCUGGUGGACAGAAGCAAAGACUAGCAAUCGCUAGGGCGAUUUUGAAAAACCCCAAAAUCUUGCUUCUAGACGAAGCAACAAGCGCUUUAGACGCUGAAUCCGAACGCAUUGUUCAAGACGCGCUUGUGAACCUAAUGUCGAACCGAACUACCGUUGUGGUGGCUCAUCGGUUGACAACAAUAAGAACAGCCGACACAAUCGCCGUUGUCCACCAGGGCAAAAUCGUCGAGAAAGGGACUCACGAUGAGAUGAUUCAGAAUCCAAGUGGAGCUUAUUCACAGCUCGUUCGUCUUCAAGAAGGAUCACAUGGAGAAGCUGAGGAAACAGAGGUACCUGAAACGAGCUUAGACGUAGAGAGAUCAGGAAGCCAGAGGCUAUCGUCGGCGAUGAGAAGAUCGGUAAGCCGAGACUCAUCGAGCAGUCGCCAUUCUUUCUCUCUCGCUGCAAAUUUCUUUAUACCAGGAGCGCUUAACGUUAACGAGACCGAUGAGAACCAGGAUGAGAAUCAAACCGUGAGGCACAAGAAAGUGUCACUGAAACGGUUAGCUAAACUCAACAAACCGGAGAUUCCGGUUCUGAUUCUCGGUUCCUUGGCUGCAAUGGUUCACGGAACGGUGUUUCCCAUAUUCGGUUUGCUGCUUUCGAGCUCGAUCAACAUGUUCUACGAGCAACACGAUAAACUGAAGAAAGACUCGCGUUUCUGGGCGAUGAUUUACAUGGCUCUCGGUUUAGCUAAUUUCGUCAUGAUACCGGUUCAGAACUAUUUCUUUGGUAUCGCUGGAGGGAAGCUGAUUAAACGCAUCCGGUCCAUGUGUUUUGAUAAAGUGGUUCAUCAAGAAAUCAGCUGGUUCGAUGACGCAUCAAAUUCAAGCGGUGCGAUUGGAGCGAGGCUGUCCACGGAUGCUGCAACAGUGAGGAGUUUGGUGGGUGAUGCGUUGGCGUUAAUCGUGCAAAAUAUCGCGACUGUGGUUGCCGGUUUGAUAAUCGCGUUUUCGGCUAAUUGGAUUUUAGCGUUAAUAGUUCUCGCUCUCUCACCGCUUAUCGUCAUGCAAGGAUACCUUCAGACCAAGUUCCUAACCGGUUUUAGCGCGGACGCUAAGGCGAUGUAUGAAGAAGCGAGCCAAGUAGCGAAUGAUGCAGUGAGCAGCAUAAGGACAGUUGCAUCUUUCUGCGCAGAGGGAAAAGUGAUGGAUCUGUACCAACAAAAAUGCGACGGACCGAAGAAGCAAGGUGUCCGGUUAGGUCUUAAGAGCGGUGCCGGUUUCGGUUUGUCUUUCUUUUUCCUCUACUGCGUCAAUGCCGUUUGUUUCAUCAUCGGCGCGGUGUUGGUUCAGCAUGGUAAAGCCACGUUUGGUGAAGUCUUCAAGGUUUUCUUUGCAUUGACGAUCAUGGCGAUUGGAGUUUCUCAAACGAGUGCUCUGGCACCUGAUUCGAACAAAGCCAAGGACUCUGCAGCGUCGAUUUUCGAUAUCCUCGAUACUAAACCGAAGAUCGAUUCGAGCUCUGAUGAAGGUACAACGUUACAAAACGUUAACGGAGAUAUCGAAUUCCGACAUGUUAGUUUCCGGUACCCGAUGCGACCGGACGUUCAGAUUUUCCGGGAUUUGUGCUUGACUAUUCCUUCCGGAAAGACCGUUGCGCUUGUUGGAGAGAGCGGGAGUGGGAAAUCGACAGUGAUAAGCAUGAUUGAGAGGUUCUACAAUCCAGAUUCCGGUACGAUUUUGAUCGAUCAGGUGGAGAUUCAGACAUUCAAAUUGAGUUGGUUAAGGCAGCAAAUGGGUUUGGUUAGCCAAGAACCGGUUUUGUUCAACGAGACGAUCAGAUCAAACAUAGCUUAUGGUAAAACCGGUGGAGCCAAAGAGGAAGAGAUAAUCGCGGCCGCGCAAGCCGCGAACGCGCAUAAGUUCAUCAGCUCGUUGCCUCAGGGUUACGACACGUCUGUCGGAGAACGCGGCGUUCAGCUGUCGGGCGGUCAGAAGCAGAGGAUCGCGAUUGCGCGCGCGAUUCUGAAGGAUCCGAAGAUUCUUCUGCUCGACGAAGCGACGAGCGCGUUAGACGCGGAGUCCGAGCGCGUAGUGCAAGACGCGCUUGAUCGGGUUAUGGUGAACCGGACGACUGUGGUCGUGGCUCAUCGGCUGACGACGAUCAAGAACGCGGACGUGAUCGCGGUUGUGAAAAACGGCGGUAUUGCGGAGAAAGGAAGGCAUGAGACGCUGAUGAAGAUUUCAGGCGGUGCUUAUGCUUCUCUUGCUGCUCUGCAUAUGAGUGCAAAUUGA